GUAAUCGUGGUGAUACCUGUGUCGGCUGGUAUGGCCCCAUUUGCAUGGUGUUGAAAGUCGUCCUCACAAACCCUGGAGCUGGCCACGGUCCCUCCUGCCCAGGAGGAUGCCGUGGGUUCUAGUAGCGUGCUGGGGGUUGGCUGGGCACACACUCCUGCGACUCUCCCGCCCGCCUGCCUGCCUUGAUGCUCGCUUCCAGCCAGAGGUGCACUUGGCCUUCCCAUGGCUGAGGAAGCUGGUGGUGUUGGCUGCACUUUUCAUGCUUGAAAUCAUUAAAAACUCCAGAUUGCUCAGUUGUAUGGGUUUUGCUGCCAACAGUAAAUUAAAUAGACCAAGUGAAACUGGGCUUUAGGAAGCGUGAGCUCCAACUGCACAGUGCCUGCUGGAGUCACACUGCUAUACCCACCCAGGGAGGAACCGGAGCCUUGUUUGGGUGGGAGCCAGGGGAGUCUCCCUGGUUGUAUCAGAGAAGAGGCUUAGCUGGGCACUCACUGCCUUAGUCUCCUAGUGCUGCUGGAGCAGAAGAAAUAACACCAGCGGGUGGCUUUAAAGAACAGAAAUUCAUUUUCUCAGACUAGGGUUCAAGUCUGAAUUCAUAUGUGGCUCUAGGGGGAGGACUUUCUUGUCUGUUCAGCAUCUAGUAGCUGGCAGUCCUCAGCAUUCCUGGGCUUCAUCUGCAUCCAUCAUUGCCAUCAGAUAGCAUCUGUCUUCACCUCGUAUGUGCUUGCUUCUGUCUGUCUGUGCUGCUUCUGACAGCCCAAAGCGGCGAGGUACAGGACGCACCCUGCACGGGUACGGCUUCAUUAGCGUACAAAACCCUGUUCCGUAUCGGAAUUACAUCGACAGGUGUGGGGGUUAGGAUCCCAACGUAUACUUAGAAGGGGCAUAAUUUAAUCCCUAACAGGCACAUAACAGUUUACUACAAAAAUAAAUCUGCCUUUUCUGUCACUGGUUUACAUAUAUAUAUAAUUUUUUUUUUUUCCUUCUACUUCCCACUAAAUGUUUUGGUAAGGAAAUUGCAGCCAUUGCAUGAGUAGGUAAGAGUAAUUCCAUGAUGUCAUAUGAAUCCCACCUUUUCUCCCCCUCAGCAGGAGGUGAAAGGGGAACUUGGACAUAAAGAUGGUGCGUUUUGUCUACCCGUAAUGUGUGUUAAGUGAGUAGUGACUGAAACGUCCUGAGACUGCUAGCUAAGAACCAAAGGAGCCAGGCCCCAGCACUGCUGCUGCAGACGGCUGUGUCCUGGAGAUGGCUGGCUGGUUCUCUUCCCCCAGCUCAGGGCCCUGACUUCCCUUAAAAAGUAGGAAAAGGAGCUGGGAGGGAAUAUCCGAGGGCAGGGGCACAAGCAGGAGGGUCCAGGGUCAGAGAAGCUGCAUAGAAUUCCAAGGCGAGGCUGACAGGCGGCCCCUUCUAGACCGUCCUCUGCCCUGUGGUUCUUUGCUGCGGGGUAAUGGCAAGAUCCAGUCCGGAGGACACCUUGACUUUAUGAACAUGGAGGAGAAGCGUUUAAAUCAGAAUUAUACCAGCACUGAUAAACCUUUGCUCUGGGCUUUUCCAGAAGAAGCCUGCAUCAGCCAUUCUCCUUCCCUGAGUAACAUUCUCUACAGCCCAUAUAAGCUAUUUUCUGGUGGUGGUUUUCUUCUUUUUCAUUUUGUUAUCUUCCUCACAAUCGGUUCUUUUUUUUAGUUUGGUUACAAUUAUUUUUGUCCCGAUCAGUUCUUCUCUGUUUUAAUUUUAUAAAGAAAACUUGACUAAUCAAUCCUUUUAGUAAAGUUUUACUGAUUACAGCUUCUGCCAUUCUGACUUAUCUUAAUCCAUCAGUUUAUUCUGCAUUGAUUAUUCUGGCCAUGCCUAAUUUUCCCAGUGUCCUUGGUGUCAAAGCUCCAGCACCUCAGAUACCUGCUUCCCCUCAAGACCACAUCUAGAUGCUCCGCAUACCUCUGUCCUGGCUUGGCACUCUCUCCCGCCAUGGCCGUCGCCCCAUGUCCUCACACCACUGCCCUCUGGUCACCGUGCUGCCUCCCUGCCCCUGCCUGUUUCCGACUGAGGGAACUGUUGGCCAAAGAAGGGCUUCCUCCAAUGCUUCCUGUCCAGCCUUUCAGAGGCCCAAGGGAACUACCAGACGAGCACAGCAAGGGCCUGGCAUUCACUUGAAGGAGGGUGGUGUGUGAGAGCUGUGUCCUGCAUGAGUGCUCCUAUGAGUCCUCCCACACCUCAGGCAGCACCCAGCCUGCGCCUCACCCAGCACCUCGACCAGUGCCUUGCCUGGCGCCCAACCCUCACCUCACCCGGUGCCCAGCCCGCUUCUCUCCUGGUGCCCAGCCUGCUCCUUACCCAGUGCCCAGCCCAUGCCUCACUCAGUGCCUCAUCCAGUGCCCAGUCCAUGCCUCACCCAGUGCCCAGCUGAGCCCCACUCGGUGCCCAGUCUGCUCCUCACCUGGUGCCCAGCCCAGUGCUCUGACACAAAGGCCCAGGAAGCAACCUAAUAAUCAUAACUACCUUACCUACCCCACGUGGCAUGUUCGCACAUGAUGUGCUUUAUCUCAUGGGACUCAGCGACCCAGCAAGGCCAUUACUGUCAUCUCCACUUGAUAGGCAAGACAGCUGAGGCUCCAAGCGGUGAGGAAAAUUCCACAAGACACAGGUCUGUCUGAUGGUGGAAAUGGCAUAUAGUCAGGACCCUAUGCCGUCUCUGAUACAUGCUUGCCAAGUGGAAGAAGCCACACAGUUGCUGGGCCAAGGCUCCAGGGGCUGGACUGAGAGGACAGAGGAAGACUGACAAGCUCCUUCUCCUGCUCCGUUUCCGGACUAGGACCCACGCUUCACUCCUUCUGUGGUGAGGAGGUGGGAGGAGAGAAUGGAGAGGGUCAAGGAAUGCUCCAGUAGUCUACGCACCUGUCCCUGCCCUGACUUCCAAGAGAGGAACGUCCCCCCAAAAUUAACCCGAAGACUGUCCCUCAACCCCAUGAGCCUUUUACUACCUUUUGACCCAGAGAAAGAAUUUCAGCUCAGGCCCUCCCUAGGAAUGCCUACUUUCCCGCUGCUUUAGACUUCAGACUUCUGAACAUGAUGCGAAAAGGAAAUGGAACGGCUGCCAUUGAACGCACACACGGAGGUGUUCCAGAUGACGAGAGCCAUGUGUGACAAAACACUGUGCACUUCUCAUCUGGGGUCACCCAUAUAAAUCGGGACCAUCUGUCCCUACUGCAUCUUACCCUAACCACCAAAUGUCAGUGUACCACUGAGGAUCACUGGGGAAAACACAGGCCACGCACCCACAUGGGGCACCUCAGAACGCUCAGCACUUGUCCCUGAGCACCUGGGUCUGACCUUCCCGCAGGGGCCUGUGAUGCUGAUCGGGAGGCAGGGCACAGAAAACGUCAUGAUUUUAAGGACAAGCCUCCAACUGAAGGUCACAGGGCAGAACCACCAGCCCGUGGCCACAGACAUUGGGGCAUCUGCCUCUCAAGCAGGCAGCUCUGCAGUCACUGCCCUCGAUGAUGGUGGGUGGACUUACCAGUGCCUAUUUUCUAAUAAACCCUUUGGACCUUCUUUGAUCCCACUUCUGCCCAGAGAGUCUCCUGCCGGGAGUCCUCCAGCCCCUGCAGCGACCUUCCAAUGACGGUGACCCGUGCACAUGGGUGAACAGUCUGCGCAGCACAACUCAACACCCUCUUCUCCCCUUUUCAUUCCAAGAAGUCUUACAGAACCUCUUUGUCACUCCCGAGGUGCAACUUACAUUUAGCACAGUUUUAUUCCUAGUGAAUAAGUCUGUGACUCAGAUCCUUCGUUAGGAGGAUGGUUGUACUCGUGAGCCCAGGGAGCGAGGACAAGCCUUGUGUUCCGUUAGCCAAAUCUACUGGCCAGUGGGUCCUGACAUUAUUCCUGGCAUCAGCCUCAGCCGUCACACAGGCUGUGUCCUCCUGGUCUCUAGUCUUCACAUAUGCGUGUACUUCAGCCCUCUCCCCAUUUCACCCAGCCACUCCUAGCCAUCCUUCAGAUGCUCUUCACAUCUCUGGAUACCUGACUAGAUCAGUCCCCUUGGUAUGUGCUUUCAAGCUCUGUUCUUACCAGUUUUAACACAAGGAUUGCAUGCUGAGGUAAGGUCAAGAGUGUGAGGCAGUAGGGAGUGGUGGGGACUGUGGAGAGAAAGGCACACUAGAGGGGAAGUUCCUGCUUGGCCCUGGCAGACAGCUGCCUUAUGAGAGGGUGGGCCAGUGUUACCAGAUCUUCCAAAUCUUCAAAGAAAGCCAGAAACUUGUAUUUUUUUUUUUAAAAUGAAGCCCCCACCCCGGACAUUUAAAUGUUGGCAAAUAUUUUGUAAAACAUUGUAGGCCAGACAAAACACAUCUGUGGCCUCUAGCCUAUAACCUCUGGUUUCAUUUGUUGCCCUCUCGACCCAGCAGCCCAGGGACACAUGCCUUGUCUCCUCUGCUCCCUACGAUGUCUGGGUCAAACAAAUGAACCAUGGAGACAGAUGCCAGAAAGGGGAAGGCAUCCCACCCCCAUUCCUGCCCUCUCUUUUAUCGCCUGUUGGAAAUUUCUCUUAACUCCCCUUAAGUCCUCCUCCUGGGCCACCGCCAUAGGACUCUCCACCCGGAAGUGUCACAAUGGCCAGAGCAGCCUCCAGCUCAGGGCCCUCUGUGACAUCACCCACGGCCCAGCCUCAGGUGCCCAGUCUCCCAGUUACGAGGGCAAACCAGCCCACCAUGAGCAACUUCCUGCCCUAUCUCUGCUCACCAUGCAGACGCUGAAAUGGUUCCUGUUCUUGCCUCUGUGCUUCUCCUGUGGCUAUGCCUUUAUGUUUUCUUCUCUGAGAGAGAAAGUCAAAGAACCCCAGGGGAAGGUGCCUUGUGGGGGGCACUUUCGGAUUAGGCAGAAUCUGCCAGAGCACGCCCAAGGCUGGCUUGGGAGCAAGUGGCUCUGGCUCUUUUUUGUUGUUGUGCUGUAUGUGAUACUAAAGUUUCGAGGCGAUAGUGAGAAGAGUAAGGAUCAGAAUCUUCCCAGCCUUCGAGGCUGUUCAUUUCGCUCUCCACUAAAGAAAAAUCAAAAUGCUUCCCCCAACAAAGACUAUGCGUUCAAUACCUUAACCCAACUCGAGAUGGACCUUGUGAAGUUUGUGUCCAGGGUGCGGAAUCUUAAAGUCAUCAUGGCAACUGGCAGUAACCUCAGGCUUCAAAAUGCAGAGCUGCCUGCAGACCCCCACAAUAACAUUACAAUAUAUGAAAUAUGGGGAGAAGAAGACUCUGACUGAAAGGAUUUGUGUGUCAGAGGAGGACAGAAGAGUGAAGUGUUGACAAACUAUGCAAAUUAAUAAAAUGAUUCUGAAGAAA